AAUAUCAAUAUAAGUUGUAUAUUCUAAUUGUUUGAAACUAACAAUUUUAAAAGUGCCAUAUGUUGGCUAAGACCAUCAACCAUUCAAUAGUUAUAUAAUAUUAUAUAUAUAUGUAUAUAUUAUAUAUUACAUAAUAUAUAUACAUAUACUUACACAGGUACUAUGUAUGAUUGAUCAUUUUCUUUGUAAUCGACAAUACUUUAACUAUAACUAUGGUAGUAAAUUUUUGACUUGUUAAAUGCAUUUGCAUAAAAACACAUUUCAAUUAAGUUUUAUAUUAAUUACGUAAUUUAAGAAGACUGUCUUGAAUGAUCAGAAGAACUAAUAUUACUUUUAACAUAUUUGAAUUGAAAAACAAACUAACUAUCCUGUACUCCCGGGCUAACUUCGAUGAUGAUCUGAGGAACAUUUCUUUGCAUUGAAGAAUACGAGUAACACAAUACAAUUAUGGGUGUACCAUUUUAAAAAUAAUAAUACGUCAUAGGUUUGAGUGCAGUAAAGCAAAAAUGAAUUCAGGUUGGCUUCGUAUGGAACCGUACCGUUUGUUCAUUACUGUUAUUCGAAUACCAUGUAUGAUGAGUCGAAAUAUGAUAUUCAUUAUACUUUCAUUUUCUUAUUUAAAAGAAUCUUUUUGUGGACCGAAAUUCAUAGCUCAGCCUUCGGACAAUUAUGCAGUUAAAGGAAAUACUCAUUGGUUUCCUUGCAUCAUCGAUAAGCUUGAAAAUGGCCAGUCAUUUCAAUGGUAUAAAAACGGACGACCAAUUAAUACAGGAACGAGAAUUUCAAUACAAAGUAAAGAAAAUGAACCAAGCAGUAUACUUCUGAUAACUGGAGUUGUUCUAGCCGAUGCAGGCCAAUAUCACUGCGCUAUUGUACAGGAAUCGAACUCUAAAACUAUUAUUCAAUCACGGACAGCGACUCUCAUUGUUCAUUCACUACCUUCACCUCAGUAUCCGUAUUGCUCUGUACCAACAUCAACUUUUAUCGCUGGAUCUAUGGUUACAUUGUCAUGUUUAUCUCAAAAAGUACAGCCUCCAGUAACUUUGAGUUGGAUUCAUUCGAUAGGUAUCGAGGAUCAAGUAACAAUAUUAAAAGAAGAAGGAAAAAACAUAUCUUUGGUGUUUAGUGUAACUGCCAGAAAAGAAUAUAACAACGCUGUUUUUACCUGUAAACAAGUAUCACCUUUGACAACAAACAAAACAAACAAUUUCACAACAUGUUCAGUAGGGCCUUUGGAAAUUUUGUAUAAGCCGGAGGCUAUGAUUCAACACGCAAACCCAACUUUGCCUGGCCGAGAGACGAUUGCAUUCUGUCAGACUUCAUCUAAUCCACCUGUCACGAAAUAUCAAUGGUUAUUUGACCCACAUAUUCCUGCUGAUGAGUAUAGCAUAGAUGAAACAGGACAAAUUUUGAAACUUUUAAAUCCAAUGAUCAAACAAUCUGGAACUAAUAUAACAUGUGUUGCUACAAAUAGUAUAGGCCAUGUGUCCUCUUCAAUAAUUUUACAGGUGGCUCAAGUGGAUUUCGAAAAUGAACAUACUACAGGUGAAUCGACCGGUAGUCAAUUUGAAGGCAUCAAUAAAGACAUACAUUUAUCCCUAGAUGUUGUUAUUAUCAUCGUUGCCGGCGUUGUUAUUAUUGUUGUACUUGUUGUUUUAGUUCCAGUCUACCAUUAUUGUUUGUGUCGUAAUCAUAACACAACAGCAGUUGAUUCUUCAGGGAAAGAGGUAAUUCAAUCUGAAGUGUAUUAUGAGGCUAGAGAAGGAGUAAUUUUAAGACAUACGAUUCAAGAUCGUUCAUUGCCUCGUGUACCUACUACAGAGGUAUAUGGUCAUUGGAGACAUUCAACAGCAUCACAAGUUCCCAAUGAUCUUGAGUCACAUAGUUACAUUUAUAUUGAUACAGAAAACGACUAAUCAAUUAUGUAAUAUAAAGUUUUUCUUUUAGUUUUUUUU